CAGUGAAAAUGUGGGAGUCCUCGCCGACGGUCCUCCAAUUAGAUUUAGCUUCAAAAUGAGCGUUCUAACCCGUUUAAAGUUUAAUAAAGUUUCAUUCGAUGUGUGGAAAGUUGGUUUUGCUCGCAGUAAGUCUGGUGUUGGCUCCCAGGAAACGGGGCCGGUAUGAUUCUGUUGCUGCUUGCUCUUUGUGCAGGCGUGUCGGCGAUAGAGUGGGAUGCGCCGACGCCGUACGAUCCAGUAUGGUUGGCCAGUGUUCAGAUGUUCCCCCAAGCAGCGACAGUUAACGAAACGAGGUUCUGGAACUGGGGAUGGGUUUAUCAACAAGACGUUCAGUUCCGACUUUUUACAAGAAGAAAUCCCUUCGAAUUUCAAGUUUUAAAAAUCAACGAUUCAGCGUCUCUAUGGAAUUCAAACUUUGAUUUUAACAGAAAAGUAAAAGUGCUCACUCACGGCUGGCUGAACCAUGGUGAUAGUCCCAUGCCUGAAUCCAUUAAAGAAGCAUAUUUAAAUGUCAGCGAUUUGAACAUCAUUGUAGUGGACUGGGGCAACGCGGCGAACGUAAAUUACAUUUUAGCGAGUUACAACGUAGCCGGAGUUGGUCGGAUCCUCACGGAUUUUCUAAACUUUCUGAUCGGCGAGGGAGUGUCCAUGGACGAUGUUCAUCUUAUAGGGCACAGUCUCGGCGCUCACGUUGUGGGGAUAGCGGGGGCUUACGUUCGCAAAGGACCUAUUGACACCAUUACAGGGUUAGACCCCGCAUUGCCCCUCUUCACCCUGGGCAAUAAAGACGCCCGUCUGGACAAGCAUGACGCCCGGCAUGUCGAAGUCAUACACACUUGCGGUGGCUACCUCGGAUUCGCGUCUCCCUUGGGACAUAUCGACUUCUACCCUAAUGGAGGCACGAGGCAGCCCGGCUGCGGGUUCGAUUACCGAGGUCUAUGUGCCCACAACCGUGCGCAUAUGUUCUUCUCAGAGUCCAUCAUAUCGGACGUCCCAUUCACGGCAGUGAGGUGCAAGGACUACGAUGAGCUCUACUACCAGGGCUCGUGCAAAGGGACGGGAGAGAAACUAAUCAUGGGCGGCUUCGAUAUACAUUAUGGGAAGGAUGGAAUUUACUACCUCAAGACAAACGCGGACAAACCCUACGCCCUAGGGGACCCGGACCCAACGUGAAUUACAUUUAAAUAUUAACACUUUUGCUUCGCCAACUUCGCCUAUAAAUUAAAUUUUCAAAGAAAUUAUUACGGUGUCGACUGUGGACCGUUUUUAUUUGGGCCCGUCGUCGCUGCGUCAGUUCACUCCAGUUAUUUAUAUUUGCCCGUUUCGUUUGUUCUUCAUCGCUUGUUAUAAAAUUGUUUUAUUUUAAUUCGGCUGUAUUUUGUGAGGAUUAGUUAUAAACGCAAAUUGCCAAAUGGAUUCAUUAAUUUGUGUUAUUUAUAGAUUUAUUUAUUAUUAUAACGAAUGAAAUAAUUUGUGAUUUCGACGAUGUAGUCAGAGCUUACUUUUUAAAAUCAAACAGUCAACAAAUGUAAUUUUGUUGAAUUAUUAUUUUAUCUAUAUAUUAUAUUAAUACAUAUGGAAAAAAACCUUGUGCCCCUUUAUUAAGCACGGCAUGUAAGAAUUGGCAGAAUUUUAGUUUAUAUACAAAAGGAGUGCAAAAGCAUCUCAGUAAUAUUCAAACUUUAAAAAAAUAAUUAAGUGCGGUUGAAUUUUGACAACGGGGUGACCACUAGUUUUUUUCUUAUUCAAUCAUAUUGAAAUGAAAUAAAAUGAAAUGAUUUAUUUGAAUCUGUAAAAUGUUAUACAUUAUUUAGAUUCCGUCAAUAUUAAC